GCAGCUCGCAGCGACUUGGCCGAGGUGUUUCUAUUCAUAAGAAGGCUAUCUGAUAUUCUGAGGGGAAUGUUCCACAUUGCCACUUUGUUCCUGCUCCCUAUCUAUGAUGGUGAAGUUGAGCUGAGUGUCCUGGGAGCAGAAAAGAGAAGCUUGGACUGGCAGGCUACUGUUCCUGCUGAUAGUUCUGAACAAGAGAAAGUACACUCCAGUUAGGCACCCCAGCUGGACAAGAGAAGGGAAAAUGAGCUGAUUGAGACUGAAGCUGCACAAUGGCAUCCACAGACACACAGCACACAGCAAGCAGCAGCAAUGGCUUGUACAAUGAGGAUAGAAAUUUACUUCGUAUCAGGGAGAGAGAGAGACGGAAUCAGGAGGCCCUUCAGGAAAGAGACACCUUCCCCGAAAAUAUUCCCCUCUUUGCAGAGCCAUACAAGACAAAUAAGGAAGAUGAAUUGUCCAGUCGAAUUCAGAACAUGCUGGGCAAUUAUGAAGAGGUGAAGGAGCUCAUUAACAACAGAUCCCAUCAGAAUCUCAUAGGGAUACCCAAAAGUGUUGUUUCUUUGAUCCCCCAAGGAAAGCCUGAUCGCCCAUCCUUUCUUGAAAAGACCAGCAAUACAUUACCACCUUCAUUCCAGCAUCGCACCCACCACCAACCUAUGGGACCCCUGGUCUGGGCUCCUUCUCCAGCUAGCAAUUCCAUCCACUACCAAAAGACACAGUUAAGAACAGAGCCAGCCUCCAGUUUGCACACCAAAAGCCACAGCUUAUCCAACAGUCGGAGCCAAGGUCAAGAAUACAGUCGCAGUGGACAGGAACGUCACAAUGGCACUCACCACAAGAAAAAUGAAAGGCGUGUUGAUGAAGGUACCACUAAUGAACUGCAAGCCUCCCUUUUGGAACUUUCUCCCUUGCUGUCUUCUUUGUCUUCUCCGGUGGCACCCCUGUCACCUCUACAUUCCAGCCAGCAUGUAAAUUCCAGGUCACAGAAUAGCAAAAAAAGUCAUGGGCAGCCCUGCAGUCAAAUGCAAUCUACUCAGGACCUAAUGGCAGGAUCACAUGAUAGUGAAAAUUGGGAUGGUUUAGCCAUUAACUUGGCUGGUGCUGCCCAACCAUCCUCUCAGACAUUUCCCCCUUCCUUGCCAUCAAAAACUAGUGUAAUACAACAGAAACCUACUGCAUAUGUCAGACCAAUGGAUGGCCAAGAUCAGGCACCAUAUGAGUCACCAGAGCUCAAGGCACUUCCAGAGGAGUACCAUGGAGAGCCCUACGAGAAAAUAUCAGAUCUAAAAGCAAAUGCCAAGGCCAGGCUAUCCAAAUUGAAAAUCCCGUCUGAACCCAUUGAGCAAACCUUCCCCAAUGAUGUCCAUUGUGUUGAGGAAAUCUUGAAGGAAAUGACCCACUCAUGGCCACCUCCCUUGACAGCUAUCCAUACUCCAAGCACAGCUGAGCCUUCAAAAUUUCCUUUUCCAACAAAGGAAUCCCAGCAUGCUGGAUCAGUAAUACAAAGCCAGAAACAGUAUGAUGCAUCUUCAAAAACAUUGCCUAGUUCUCAGCAAGGAACAUCAAUGCUACAAAAUGACCUUCAGCUCAGCGAUACUGAAGACAGCGAUGAUGAUCAUGUCACUGAAAAGCCACCUCCCUCAUCUGCUCCUCCAAGUGCCCCGCAAUCACAGCCUGAGAGCGUGGCAUCAGCACAUUCCAGCAGUGCAGAAUCAGGGAGCACGAGUGACUCAGACAGCUCUUCAGACUCGGACAGUGAGAGCAGUUCGAGUGACAGUGAAGCAAAUGAGCCACCAAGAACUUUGGUGCCUGAGCCUGAGCCACCAACAUCAAAUAAAUGGCAGCUGGACAACUGGCUAACCAAGGUGAACCCACCGACAGCAGCAACCGAGAACCUCAGCGAGGUGGUCCAUUCACACAGUCACCUCGAAAGCAAAGGUCAGGGGAAGGGGAGCAGCCGCAGCAGCAGCAGCAGCAACAGCUCCGCUCAUGAGCGUUCUGGAUCAAAGGAGCUUCAUCCCAAAAACUCCAGCAAAGCAGCCAGGGCUCCACUGGAGGGCCACCUUCCUACCAAACGGAAUUGCCAGAAGUCUCCCACACAUGCUGAGGAGCCUUCUCAGAGGCAGACAGUUGGUACCAAGAAGCCCAGCAAGAUACCACUGCAGGAGGAACCCAAGGGAGGCCUGAAAGUGGAAAGUGAGCCUGGUCCAUAUGAGGUUAAAGACCAGUCUUCCAGGGACAAGCCAAAAGUAAAAACGAAAGGGAGGCCAAAAUCCAGUGAUAAAAAGGACUCCAAGACUACGGUCCAAGAGUCCUCUGAAAAGAAAAAGCACAAGAAACGUCAAGCAGCCUCUAAACCAUUUUUGGACCCAAAGCCUGUGAAAGAUACUUUGACUGGCAAUGCCCCAGAGCAUUUCCCUCUCAGCCCCUUAGCUCAAAGCCAGAGCACAACUCACACCAGGACUAGUGGUGAUAAGUCUACUGUUGUGGUGAGAGAGGACUUUCAUAGAAACAAAUUUCUUUUGCCUAUCAGGGAUAAGAAGUUAUCACCUCUGAGAGACUUCAUAACCCCUCAUGCUCUUGUUGUCAAAAUUGAGCUUGCUCUCCUUACAAGGGUCCCUCAACCACCUGGGAAGGGGAACCACCAGAAAAAGCUUGAGGGAAAAGCGCUCUCAAGUGCAAGGAAGAGGGAUUUGGAAAAGAAAAGCACAGAAACUCCUAACAAGCCUCUUAAGAGGAAGAAAAGUCAUGCAAAAGUUGAAAGAUGUGUGCAAAUUUUGCUCUUGAAAAAGGGCGUUUUUCAGUAUAUGUUGAAAGAAACUGGAAGAACAUUAAACCAGGUCUAUGAAUGUCCCCUGCAGGGAAACGUAGAGAAAGAAACUGGUAGGAAAAAAAUCAAGUUGGAGAAAGAAACCAAAUCAUUGCAAGCAUCACGUGACAAAGACUCCAGUAAAAUGAAAGUAUCGAAAUGUUCCUAUGAAGUUCAGAAGAGAGAUUUCCUGUUGCUGCCGCCACUACCACCAGUGUCUCCUGCACAGAAGCCAGCCAAGAUGGCACAAAAGAGGCACAACAAUGAGAGUAGUGCCUGUUGCCAACUGCCUGCCACAAUCAACAGCACUGCCAAGAGCAAGAGCAACUACAAGGAUCCUUCUUCCUCUAAACACAGGAAAGUGGAGGAGAAGCAUUAUGAAUACUCCAAGAGCAACAAAGGAUCUGCAAGGGACACCACAAAUCCUUUCUCAGUGCCUUCUUUGCCAAAUGGUACCUCCAAGCCAAGGAGACCUCAAGUAAAGAUUGAAAAACCACAUCCAAUGGAAUAUCACAUAGAGGAGGCCAAAAGGUUGAAGCACAAAGCUGAUGCAAUGACAGACAAGGUUGGAAAGGCAUUUCAGUACUUGGAUGCUGCCCUUUCCUUCAUUGAGUAUGGAAUUGCCAUGGAAUCUGAUGCAUUAACUCCAAAAUCAGCUUAUACCAUCUUCACGGAGACCAUAGAUCUCGUCAAAUUUAUAAUGACAUUAAAAUCCUUUACGGACUCCUCAGCAUCUGCACAUGAAAAAAUCUUUGCUGUUUUAUGCAUGCGCUGCCAGUCCAUUCUGCAUAUGGCAAUGUUUCGUUACAAAAAGGACACUGCAAUAAAGUAUUCCCGUAUCCUCAAUGACCAUUUCAAGAGCUCUUCCAGAAUCACACAAGCGCCUUCUCCAUGUGUUGCAAGAAGCACAGGCACACCUUCUCCUCUCUCUCCAAUGCCCUCACCUGCCAGCUCUGUGAGUUCCCAGCCAGGGUCAAAUGCAAGCAACAGCGGCAGCAGUGGCAUUGGGUCUUCGAUCAGCGUUCCGCAUAAUAUCCCAAGCAUAACUUCCUCUUAUGUCAACAUCACUUCCUACAUCCUCUAUGCAUAUGAUAUUUGGGAACAGGCUGAUGCACUAGCCAGGAAGAAUAAAGAAUUUUUUGCUGAACUCAGCACAGCUGUGUGCAGUCUGGCACUGAAUGGUAGUAUGACUGAACUGGUACACUACACUAGACAGGGUUUACAGUGGCUGAGACUGGAAACAAAUACGCCUUAACUGGUGCUUAAGGUGGUUAAUGCCUUGAACUCUUUUGCACUUUGGAAGCCUCAGAAGCAAUCUGGUUGGCCAAAUCAUUGGAUUCAAAGCACCAGGAAGGGAAAUAAUACAAGAUGGAAGGGAUCUGGUUACACUGGAAAACUAUUGAACUGUUUUUUAGGGUGGCACUUGGCCACCCUGAAGAAAAGAGAUGAAGGGAGGCCUCGAGAUGAUGAUGCCUUCCUUUACAAGGACAAAGUGCAAUGUAUUGUCUGAAUUGUUCAAUGUAUUGGUGGUCUACAAACAACAUUUCUAUGAUGAAUAACCAGCAGGACAAAAAUCACACAUGAAGAAGUGCCGACAAGAAGGAAAUCUGCCUCCAGAAGUAAUUAUGCAUCAUCUCAAAAUCUGCAACGGUCACAUGCCUAGCAUAAAGUUUAGAGAAAUGCUUUUAUAAACAGAUGCAGUCUGCAAUAUUUGUUUUUGUUCCCCAUGUCGAGGGGCAGACAGGAGAGAGAGAAACCCUCAACAACACCAAACAGCAUUAUGUUAAAAUGGUUGACAGCAAAGCAAAUCUGCCUUGCCCACUUUCCAACCAUAUUUUUUGUGUUUGUUAAACCAAUGUUGUACUAAUAACUCCAGGAAUAAUUGCCACCAUUGCCUUCAGUACUGCAAUUUCACCUGUUAAAUCACGGUUGUGCAUGCACACACAUAGAAUUUUCACUUUGAAACUAUCUCAACUAUGGUAUUGCUCAGGUGAGGCCUUGGAAGGCAAACAGUUGAGGUGGGAAAGAUAAAGAUCAGGGAUUGAUAGUGCUGCUUUUCUCUGCAAGGAAGGAAGAAAAUUCUCACUGAGGAUUAUCACUGUUGUUUGUGGGGUUCAGCGUGGACGUCAUGGGCAGCCAGAAUAUUUGAGCAGUCACAACAAACCAUUAUUCUAAGUUGCAGACCUCAAAAUUGGGAGGAAUUGCUACUGCUCAGUUGUUCUACCAGGAAAUGAAGGGUUAAAUUUUGCCCUUGGAUCUUCCCACACAACUCAGGAAAUACCUGAGGACAGAAUUUGCCACUGAAAUAUUGUCUCCCACUUUAGGCAGAUGCCCCCUACUUCAUUACAAAGCUAUAGGUUGGGUCCAGCACCUCAAAAUCUGCUUUCAGGGGAACAUGAAAGGGAAUAGUGAUUCUGUGAGAUUUGUAAGCAUCUCUUCUUUGCCAUAAGUUGCAUUCUGAAGUUAUAGUGGCAGUAACACUGAAGAACACAUCCACAAUAUUUUUAUAUCCAGGUAGAUACCCCCAUUGCCCAAAGAGUACCUCUUGUGUAUGAAAGCAUUCUGCCACCCCUGUCAAAUAGUGUGCCUUAGCCCUCAAGUUCUCUCUAGGACCACCCAACUGGUGUGAAUUGUGAUGAAUAAGACCAUAUCCCAAAGGAGCUGUGCUUUUUGAUUGUCUUUCCUUAUAGGAAGAAAAAUUCUUUUUCAGUAAAUUAGUUGCUUUUUCCACCUUGUGGAUGGAAGUAUUCACACGUAACAUUGAGAUGGUCCUGUGCAUGUGCUGCAGCAAUGUGGUAUUCCCUCUCCAAGGUGCCCGUUAGGGUUUAGAGUUUGACUAAAAGUAAAUACUGCCAAGAAGUCUGAAAUUUCUAGGGACCUGCCUCUGACCUGUUUAUGACAGGGGACAAUCUUUUUCAGUGUGAACCAGGAAAACUCCAUUUGUACAUGAGGAAUAAUGCACUUUCUCUGAGAGUCUCAUGAGUAAAUGAGAUGCUCUACUUUUACAGGAGCAAGAAAAAAGACUUUACAUUCUCUGCCUGCACAAGACCUUCUGUAAUCUUUCUGCAUCUGUCCUUUUGCCCCCUUGAUUUUUAAAGCCUUAGUUCAUUUCAGGCAUAAGUCCACCUACCUAGCAGAAGCUAGCUCUGCAUCUCUUCCACCAGUUUAAUACAUGGAAUUAUAGGUACCUGAAUAAUCCUUGUGGCAGGAAUACCACACUUGGAGAUUAAGUUAAAUUUUAUCCUCAGACAGUGUGGGGAGGAAAACAGAACUGAAGUCCUUGUAGAGCCACUUUUUUAGAGCCUACAUACUGACAUGAAAUGCUCUUCCUGUUUGUCUUGGAAUGAAGCUGGUCUCAGUCUCGCAUUUGAGGAGGGACGAAGAAAGACCUAUUGCUUAGCAAAGCCUUUCCACUUCCAUCCAAGUUAAGAUUCCAUUUGGGAUUUUGCAAGAAAUGCAAAAGUAUGGGGGUAGAUUUAAGGACAGAGGUGGAUUUGGAUUAUCAUGGGGUUUCUAGAUGGCCCCACAAGGCCCCGCACCCUCCCCUUUUCUUAAAAUCAGGUUCAGUUUAGGUUCUUCCUUCCAAUUCUGCCACUUGCAUCGCAUCAUGCCUAUCCAUGUCAGAUUGCACAUGAAAUAAUCCAGCUCAUUGGGAAGCAAUUUUCAGUCAUACAUUACGCUUUGAUGUGUCACUCUGGUUCUGACUGCCCUCUGGGCUUCUUCUGGAUCAAGUGGCCUUCCCUUCCUUGACCCACUUAUUUGAGCACUUUAUUACUCUUCCCCUCAGGAAAGCCAGCUAGAGGGAAUGGGCAAGCAAAGUCCUUGUCAAAAAGAUCCCAGUAAUGCAGAUGCACUGUUGUUUUUUGCUGCCUUACAGGAUUAUUCAUGAACAGUGGGGUAAAAUAAUGUGGCAUCUAAGUCCUGUAAUAGAAUUUGAAUUGUCCCUAGUGAAGUGAGCUGCAAAAUUCACAAUUACCUUGAUGGGAACAAUAUUGGGCUCAUAGUCAACUCAUCACAUACACUGUGGUUCAUUUUCAGUCUUUCAUUUUAUAAGUAGAGAGUGGUGUAUAGGGAUCAUCUGUAAGCUACAAACCAGAAAGCUGCAUUCUAUUUUUGCCCUUUGAAGGGACUGUAUAAAUACUAAAGAAGAAAUAUCCCCAUGCUCCAAACUACAUCCAGUCUGAGGCCCGCUGAAUUCAAGGGGAAGAUUCCUGUUGACUCUGGAUCAAGUGCUUAAAAAGGGAGGGGAAAAAAUUAAAUAUCAUUUGCCAUUUUAGAAAACAGAAAGGUGGUGGCUGAGCCCUGCAAGGAAAGGAGAGAAGGGGGCUGUGGUAGCCAAGCAGCUUCCUUUGCAGGCAAUAUUUAUUUAGAGUUAAUUAAUGUAUUUAAAUCGUGAAAUGUUCUAUUUCAAAGAUGCCAUUAUUUAAUAGUGUGAAAGCCCCAUUCAUGCUGGAGCCAUGCAUCUCUUCUGUAGUUGAAAGUCAAAGUUUGAUGGGAAUGUUGUUUUUAAAGGCAAAGUCCUUGUUCUUGUUUUUGUCUUCUCCUUUCCCCCUUGGUUCCCAUUAUAAAUCUGUACAUUUUAAAUUUAUUCUGGGGCAUCUCUUCAUCUUGUAAAUAACAUUUAUUUUCCUGCCCUGUGUGAGAUGAAUUUUCAGACUGAUUGAUUUCAUUCAUGUGGGGUAAUAAAAUAAACAUGAAAUGACCUAGCCUGUU